AAAACAUCUCUGUUCUCUGAUCAGUUCCAUAUGGGCAGCCGAAUGUUAACUGAUGUAAUCAGCAGGGUUCAGGGUUGAGAAAGGAAGCAGAGAGAGUCUGAUGAAAGAUGCUACACAUGUGAAUGUAGUUCAGCUUUCUUGAAAAAGCAGGAAUAAAGUUUGCUCUCCAACCAAGCUGUCUAGUUGCUAUUGUAGCUGCUGCUGCUUUAUCUCUUCAGAGAUUUCUCCAGUCUGAGAUUCCUCAUUUGUCUUCAACUUGAUUUUCCUGAAAGAGAUCAUGGAGUGUUGUGCACAUUUCUGGAAAUACCCAGUUUUAGUUCUAAUUUUCUGCUUGGUGCUGAAGCCAAGUGGAUUGGAUGCUUCGAGCAGCUAUAAGCCCAAUGUUGUCAUCUUAUUAGCUGAUGAUUUUGGCAUUGGAGAUCUAGGCUGCUAUGGAAAUACUACAGUGAGGACUCCUAAUAUUGAUCGGUUAGCAAAAGAAGGGAUAAAACUUAUUCAGCAUGUUGCUGCAGCUUCCCUUUGCACACCAAGCAGAACUGCUUUCUUAACUGGAAGAUAUGCAAUCCGAUCAGGUAUGGAGCAAACCGCUGGUUAUCGUGUCCUUCAGUCAGUUGCUAAUUCUGGUGGUCUUCCUCCAAAUGAGACCACAUUUGCAAAGAUAUUGCAGAAACAAGGCUACAGCACAGGUUUAAUAGGAAAAUGGCAUCAAGGUUUGAAUUGUGAAACUCGUAACGACUACUGCCAUCAUCCAUUAAAUCAUGGAUUUGAUUAUUUUUAUGGGGUACCACUUUCACUAAUAAAUGACUGCCAAAUCUCGCAAACCUCUGAGUUGGAUCCGGCACUGCAAAAGAAACUCUGGCUUUAUACUCAAAUAAUUACCCUUGCUCUACUGACCUAUGUAGUAGCAAAAUUAACUCAUCUUGUUUCUCUCAGUUGGAAAGCCAUUUUCUGUUUGGCUUUGUUUGACUUAUUCUUCUUUAUUUUCUGGUACUCAAGAUAUGGCUUUUUGAGAUAUUGGGAGUGUAUUAUAAUGAGAAACUAUGACAUUAUACAGCAGCCAAUGAAAAUAGAAACAGCUGCACCUCUUAUGCUGAAAGAAGCCCUUUCCUUUAUUAAAAGAAACAAACAAGGUCCAUUCCUCCUCUUGGUUUCUUUCUUGCAUGUUCAUACUCCUCUGGUUACUACAGAAAAUUUCAUUGGCAAGAGCAAUCAUGGAUUAUAUGGUGAUAAUGUAGAAGAGAUGGACUGGAUGGUGGGAAAAAUUUUGGAUACUCUUGAUAAAGAAAAUUUGAAAAACAGUACUCUGACAUAUUUUGCUUCUGACCAUGGUGGACACAUAGAGGCUUGGGAAGAAAAUAGUCAACGAGGUGGUUGGAAUGGUAUAUACAAAGGUGGAAAAGCCAUGGGAGGUUGGGAAGGAGGAAUCCGUGUUCCAGGAUUAUUUAGAUGGACAGGAGUGCUGCCAGAGGGCAAAGAGAUUGCUGUACCAACAAGCUUAAUGGACAUCUUUCCCACAUUGGUUCAAUUGGCUGGUGAAACAGUGCCACAAGACAGGGUAAUUGAUGGCCGGAAUUUGAUGCCUUUGUUGCAAGGAUUGGUUCAUCAUUCAGAGCACGAAUUUAUGUUUCAUUACUGUGGAAUAUACUUACAUGCAGUGCGGUGGUACGAGAAGGAGAGCGGAAAUGUGUGGAAAGCCCAUUAUGUGAGCCCUGUUUUCCAACCUGAAAGAUCUGGAGCCUGUUAUGUCAGUAAGUACUGUCCAUGUUCUGGAGAAGGGGUCACCCAUCAUGAUCCCCCUCUACUGUUCCAUCUCUCAAAAGACCCUUCAGAAGCCAAGCCUCUGUCAGCAGAUAGUGAACCACAAUUUCACACAAUUCUUGAGAGAAUGAACAAAGCUGUAGAAGAGCAUCGCAAAACUCUCACUCCUGUCCCACCACAGCUGUCUCUCUACAACGUCAUUUGGAAACCAUGGCUCCAGCCAUGCUGUGGGUCAUUUCCAUUUUGUUACUGUGACAAAGAAAAGAACAAUAUGUAAUAUGGUCAUCAUUUCUGAAGUUGUUUGUCUUUCGUGCUUUAUAGAAAAAGAAGCCCUCUAAAUAAUGUAGCACUCACUGGAUGAAAUAAAGAGGAGAGUUUAAAAUGUGUUGUGUUGCGAAGAAAAACUCCAUCUCAGGUUACAUGUGGGUUUCGG